CGUAAUACCGUCGAAUCUAAAUACUACCAGAAUGGUGUAUGGGUGCUGCCUAGUCAAGCAGAGCUAUCUACGCUAGGUGCCAAAGAUUUAACACUUCUGUACUUUGGAUAUAUUCAACAUAUCCAGGUACCGUGUAAUAACAGGGUGAGGCUGGGUCACGUGGGUGAUGGAGGAUGGGAUAUGUGUGAGGACGCUCCAUAUAAACCAGCAAAUAACAGUCUGGUCUAUUCUUUUGGAAUAGCCAAAGACUUUAGCUUCGACGACGCCAUUGGAGCGAGAAUAAACGCCAGGGUUCACUCUUUUGAUCCAACUACAGGUGUCAAAGAUCAUAAAAGAAGUGAUAAUGUCUACUUCCACGCGACUGGUAUAUCCGAUACCACUGGUACCAAUGGUAACGGCUGGAAAAUGGGAACUUUAUCGGCCAUUAAAAAGGAACUUGGACAUGAAAAUGAAGUUUUGUCAAUUCUGAAAAUGGAUAUUGAAUCCUGGGAAUGGAGAGUUCUACCACAGAUUUUAAAAGCUCACGAACUAACCAAUACAAAACAAGUUAUGGUUGAGUUUCACACCUGUAGACGUUGUGCUGAUAGACAGGUUGUGAAGGAAUUGACUCAUGCUAUAACUAUUCUUAAAGAUCUUUACGAUAUAGGUUUUAGAAUAUUCUGGAUGCAUAAAAAUCCUGCAUGCACGUACACGUGUAAAUAUACAGGUGCUAAAUUGUCUAAAUGUCAGGAAGUAUAUUUCCUAAAAAAAUAAUUGUAAUGUUUUAUCGACAGGUGUGUGUAACUUGGGUAACUGGAUGUCACUUUGCUAAAACACCAAGUUAUAUUGAUGUAAUGAUAAUCUGACAGGACAUGUUAAGCAAGCAAACAAAUAGAAAAACAAAACUCUGACCAUUAG